AUGGAGCCGGGGCCGCCGCGCCGCGCCCGGGCCGCCCGCGGGGCAGGCGCUGGGGCCGGGCCCGGGGCCCGCGGGCUGCUGCCGCCGCUGCUGCUGCUGCUGCUGCUGGCCGGGCGCGCCGCGGGGACGCAGCGCUGGCGCAGUGAGAACUUUGAGCGGCCCGUGGACCUGGAGGGCUCCGGGGACGACGACUCCUUUCCCGACGACGAGCUGGACGACCUGCACUCGGGGUCUGGCUCAGGCUACUUCGAGCAGGAGUCAGGCAUUGAGACGGCCAUGCAGCUGAGCCCAGACGUGGCCCUGGCAGUGUCCACCACACCGGCCAUGCUGCCUACCGUGGACGUCCAGCCCGUGGGCACCCCGUUGGAAGAGCUCCCCUCCGAGCGCCCCACACCAGAGCCAGCCACGAGCCUCCCAGUGGUGACGGAGGUCCCAGAAGAGCCCAGCCGGAGAGCCACCGCCAUCUCCACUCCCAUGGCCACCACCGCCGCCACCACCACAGGGGCCCCGACCGUGGCCUUGGUGCCGGCCACAGCGGCCACCGCCGCUCCCAGCAUCCCCGCGGCACCCCCUCCCACGGCCACCACCUCUGUCGAAAGGACCACCGGCGUACGGAGGCUGCUUCCUCUCCCCCUGACCACGGCGGCCACGGCCCCGGCCACCACCCCAGAGGCGCUCUCCCCUCCCACCACGGCGGCUGUCUUGGACACUGAGGCCCCAACACCCAGGCUGGUCAGUACAGCUACCUCCAGGCCAAGGGCCCUUCCCUCCAGGCCAGCUGCCACCCAGGAGCCUGACACCCCAGAGAAGAGCACCCUGCCCCUGGGGACCACUGCCCCCGGACCAACCGAGGUGGCUCAGACCCCAACUCCGGAGUCCCUGCUGACCACGACCCAGGAUGAGCCGGAGGUGCCAGUGAGUGGGGGGCCGAGCGGGGACUUUGAGCUGCCGGAGGAAGAGACCACGCAGCCGGACACGGCCAAUGAGGUGGUGGCCGUGGGCGGGGCUCCGGCUAAGCCAUCGCCUCCACCUGGGACGCUGCCCAAGGGGGCCCGCCCCGGCCCUGGCCUCCUGGACAAUGCCAUCGACUCGGGCAGUUCAGCCGCUCAGCUGCCGCAGAAGAGCAUCCUGGAGAGGAAGGAGGUGCUUGUAGCUGUGAUUGUGGGUGGGGUGGUGGGCGCCCUCUUCGCCGCCUUCCUGGUCACCCUGCUCAUCUACCGCAUGAAGAAGAAAGACGAGGGCAGCUACACUCUAGAGGAGCCCAAGCAGGCGAGCGUCACAUACCAGAAGCCUGACAAGCAGGAGGAGUUCUACGCCUAG